UGCUAAGCUUUGGAAAUGUUACUUCUGCACUUUGUUAUUCAAACUUUAUUGGCCCUCUCUUUGGCAGAUUAUCAGCUGAACAAAUCAGGACGCACAGAUUUGAGAGGAAUAAAAGAUGGCACGGCAAAGGCUAUGCUCACAAGAGGCCUUCACGAGCAAAACAGAACUUAUUUUAACAGAGAGGAGAAUUUAAUUCGGGUGCCUCAUAAGAUAGAAAAGAUAGAAAGUAUAUUCAGGCACAAAACUAUUAAAUCACCGAAAAGAACUAUCCAGAAGAUAAUAAGAAAAGGAAAGGAUAAAGUUAGAAGAACGUACGCAGUGAAGAUCGAAUCUACCGCGCCUCCGCGGAUUAUAGAAAUAAGCCAAGAAGAAUUCACCACAGAAAAAACUUAUCAUAGAAAAAACAAAGUACAAAAAUCUCCAAAAACUUCACCGAAGGUAGUUCGAAACAAACUAUUCCAUUUUCAAACGCACAAAAGGAAUAAAAGGGAUACACGGGAACUGUACAUUUUGAAAGAUUUCGACGAGAUGGAAUUUGUGAAGAAUAAGAAAGAUUACGACGAAGUCAACGCACAUGUAAAGAAAUAUUGGUAGAAUAAAUAAUGGUUUAAAAAAACUA